AUGGAGGGGUUAAAUGCCAACAGCUGGGUCCUGAAAUCUCCCUUCAGCAUCACAAGCCUCCUCCAAGACGUGGCCUCAAGUGAAACUCCUGAGGGACCUCUGUCAUCGCCGCCAAGGGAAGAAGGGGGCAUCGUGGCGGCCAGUGACGAACUUGAGAGGUUGAGAAAAGAGGAUCCUUCUAGGGAAAGGAGAGGGAAACCUGAGAAGCCACCCUUCAGUUACAACGCUCUGAUCAUGAUGGCCAUCCGACAGAGCCCGGAGAAGCGGCUCACGCUCAACGGCAUCUACGAAUUCAUCAUGGGGCACUUCCCGUACUACAAGGAGAACAAACAAGGUUGGCAGAACUCCAUUCGGCACAACCUCAGCCUUAACAAAUGCUUCGUCAAGGUGCCCCGGCACUACAACGAUCCCGGCAAAGGCAAUUACUGGAUGUUGGACCCUUCCAGUGAGGACGUCUUCAUCGGAGGUGCCACUGGCAAGCUGAGGAGGCGGUCGUCUGCUUCUCGGGCCAAGCUGGCCUUCAGGAGGGGAGCCAGGCUAGCUUCGGCUGGGGUGACCCUUACCGGAUCCUUCUACUGGCCCUUCUCCCCUUUCUGCAGUGCCACCUCGGCCUACCUCGGCCCUCACCCCAGCUCCUUCUCUUCUAUUUUCUCCCAUCAGGCCAUAACUCCUCCAGGAAUGCACGGACAGAUGGAAGGCGAUGACCCUUCCAGCAGCCACCAGCGCACCGUCACCACGACGACAUUGGCUUCGGCCUUGCCCUACGGCUUGUCCGUGCCCGAACGCCUGAACUCUUGCUCGGUCAACUUCCUGACGGGCCAGACGAGCUACGUCUUCUCUCAGAGACACCAUCAUGCCUUGCUGACGAGUCCUUCAGCUGACCUCCCUGCCAAAUGUGCUGAAGAUCUCCUCGGUGGAGUUCCUUCGACUUUCCCUGGGCUGCUCUCUCCAGACCUCCCAAACUACUUUCCUCUCCAGAAUCAAGGCGUUUCCUUUAAUCCAACAGCCUGUCCACGGCCUCUUCGCUGA